AUGACUACUCACACUGUCCAUACAGAGCAGUUUUCUGAGCUCGAGGAGCCUCAUGUAAAUGAGACCGUUUCUGAGUCUCUUGUCGGAAAUGCUGUCUCUGAUCCAGAAGUGCUAAUCACCUCAGAAGAACCUUCUACUGCUGCACCCUUGUCUGACCCCUCAAAGGCAGCUGUCACUAGACGUAUUUCUCUCUUCUUUUCCAAAGCUAAACGCCUUGUCAGCACAUCUGAGAAACCCUUGACUGAGAAGAGGCUGCCAGAGGAAAUAGGAACUGCCAUCAUCGAGGCUCCUCAACAACAGGCCACAGAAGAAUUGGAACCAGUUGCUAAAUUAGACACUAAAGGCUCACGACUGAUGGAGAUCGUUUCUCGGGUCAAGGCACUUUCUAAGGAAAGUAAGGUGGCAGCUGUGGACAAAGAAGUGGUGUCAGAACCAAUGCAGGAGCCUGUCCUUGAUGCUUCUACUCAGGUUCUUGAGCAAAUUGAGCAGGAGACCUCUGUGCCACCUAAAGAAAAUGACAAGGAGCACACUAGAAUCGAUCAGGUCAUUCGCCACUCAAUUGUCAACAAAUUCUUUGCAAAGAAAAAGGAAAUUCCUACAGAAGAAAUAAUUCUUGCCGCUGAUUCCAACCAAACUAACGAUGUCGAACAAGUAUUGACUGAUUCUUCUGAGAAAGCUGAAGCUGGCAAGAAGAGCUUCCGAUCAACCUCCCCCUUGGGGCGUAAACUUGUUCAGAUGCUUCGUCUUCCCAAGAAAGAUGCCAAGCCGGCAAAAGACACAGCCGAGACCACUGUCCAUGAUACAGUAGAAGACACUGUAUUGGAACAGGCGACAGUACCUUUAAAUCAAACACCUGCUCCUGUUGUUCAUGCAGCUGCUUAA